CACAUGAGCACCGUUCGCUUUGGCUCUAACUGCUUGACACCUCCGUUACUAACGGUCAGGCGAGACUGGAGAGCUCGGUACAGAUAAUUACUUAGUAAAUUUCCCAGUUCGGUUUGUUUUUGUGGUUUUAAAGUCCGCGGAAAUGUUCAACAGCAUGCUGAGGGAUUUUGAGGAGGACCCGUUCUUUUCUCUGGUGUGUUCAUUGAAGAAUUCACCCAUGAGCUCCAAGUUUGUAGAUCAAUUCCGUGCUCACAGAGAGCAAAUGAGGCAGAUGAUGCGUAGCUUCUCUGAACCGUUUGGUGCAUCCUCGUUUCCCAGUAUAACCGAUGGGAGAAACCAUGGACGUGACGUGGGAGUUCAUCCCAGUUCAUCACUUGCUCUGAGAAAUGAACACAGGGAUAUGAGCCGGUCAUUGUUACCCUUUGGCAGCACUGACAGCACGGGCAUGCACAAUCAUUUUGGCAUGUUGGACAACAUGAUGGUCAACGUGAGAAACAGGAUGGAGGAGAUGCACAGGAACUUUGAGAACAUGUCCACAGAUUCAAACUCCCACUCCUUCAGCUCCUCAUCAGUAAUGACGUAUUCAAAAGUCGGUAGCGAGCCUCCGAAGGUCUUCCAGGCAGUCUCAUCAACUCGUCGUGCCCCUGGAGGGAUCAAAGAGACCCACCGAGCAGUGAAGGACUCUGAAAGUGGUCUGCAGAAGAUGAGAAUUGGACAUCACAUCAAGGACAAAGGACACAUUGUUGAGAAGAAAUACAACAAGAAAACAGGAGAGAAAGAGCUCAGCCAGGACUUUCAGAAUAUGGAUGAAUCUGAAGCUCAGUCGUUUGAUGAUGAGUGGCAGCAGGAGUUGUCCAGAUUUCAGCCAUCACACCCCACGUCUUGCCUGAGACAACCUCCAUCCCGUUCAGGCUUUCAGGCCGCCCUAAUGGGUCCUGAACACUCCCAUGGGAACCAGAAAAAGCUCGAAGCUCGAGAUAAAGAUAAAACUGAAAGCUCAAAAAAGACAAGUCAAUAAAUCACCCGUCUUUCUAUUCAUUAGGCUUUGAGCAUCAUACAUCCCACCUUAUACAUUUAAAUAGAUUGUUACCUAUGUCAGCCAGCCGCUUACAUCACUAGAACCAAUUUUCCCAAGCAAUUUGUAAAGUGUGAUUUGAUUUGUUUGAAAUGUGAUGAAUGUUUAUUUUUUGAGUCUGUUAACCAAAAAAAAAGAAAGAAAGAAAGAAAAAGAAAGAAUAAAGACUAAUGGCAAUAGUCUAGUUAUACUUGGUGGCAUUUUCUGAAGCUGAAGACAAAGUGAAAAUGUAAUUUGUUUUGUGUAAUAGAAUACAGCAAUUUUCUAUUUAAAAAGCACAAUAUUAUAUAUGUAAAGAUUUAAGCCUCUUAUUGGUUCACAAAGUCUGAGAAGAGGUCAUUCAUUUUAAGAGCUCUUUUUAAUGACUAAAUUAAACACUUAAGAAAUCCACAGAUGCAUAUAAAAAUAUAGUUUCUGUUUUUAAUGUGUUUUCUCUGCUGUAAUCUUUGUACUAAACACACGUGCACUUCCCUUUUUUUCCAUCUCAUGAACUCUGCUGCACUACACAAAUGCUAGACAGCAUGUGGCUUCCUCUACGUUUUGUUCAUCUAUUUUUGCAUAUGUUAAAAGUACAGUCUGUCGGCAUGUGAUGUCUAAAUAAAAGAGGAAAGAAUC